CUCGAAUAUAUAAACCACAGAUCCACUCGGAGAGCCGUAGGGUUAGGGUUUCCUCUUCGUUGGCCGAUCGGUUCCUCGACAGAGAUCCAUUCAAUGGCGGACGAGACGAGAUCAAGUGGCACCGUCCGUUGGUUCGACGACAACAAGUGCUUCGGCUUCAUCAAGCCCGACGACGGCGGCGAGGAUCUGUUCGUCCAUCAGUCCGCCAUCAAAUCCGAAGGCUUUCGCACCCUCCACGAGGGCCAGGCCGUCGAGUUCGUUAUCAUCUCCGAGAACAACCGCACCAAGGCCGUCGACGUCACCGGUCCCAACGGAUCUCCCCUCGAGAAGGUCCAAAACGACGGCCACGACCACCGUUUCGGCGAUCACGGCUUUCGUAGCGGAGGCGGAGGCGGAGGCGGAGGGUGUUAUAACUGCGGGGAGAGUGGUCACUUGGCGAGGGAUUGUCGUAGCCAGAUGACGUCGCGUGACCGCAGCGGCGGUUAUGGAUUUCGUAGCGGCGGCGGCGGUUUUGGGCUUCGUAGCGGCGGCGGCGGCGGCGGCGGGGGUGGUUGUUAUAACUGUGGAGAGAGUGGGCACUUGGCGAGGGACUGUCGGAGCCAGGUGACGUCACGUGACCUUGGCGGCGGCGGCGGUUGUUAUAACUGUGGAGAGAGUGGGCACUUGGCGAGGGACUGUCGGAGCCAAGUGACGUCACGUGACGUUGGCGGUGGAGGAGGUGGCUGUUUUAACUGCGGCGAGUAUGGACAUGUGGCGAGAGAGUGCGGUCGCAGCCGCGGUGGUGGCAGUUCGGGUGGUGGCGGAGGGGCGUGUUUUAAUUGUGGUGGACAGGGGCACUUUUCGAGGGAGUGCCCCAGCAGCGGGGGUGGCGGUGGAAGGUUUGGCGGCGGCGGUGGCGGCUUUGGGAGGUUUGGAAGUGGCGUUGGCGGCGGCAGCGGUGGUGGUGGAAGUAACUGCUUCAAUUGUGGGGAGCAAGGGCAUUUCGCUAGGGAAUGUCCUAGCGGUUCAGCUGCUUGACUUGAUUUCUGAUUGAGGUUUUCAAAAAAGGGUAUAAUCGUAUUGAUUGAUAACUUGUUCUUAUAUCUCCUUUCAGUGUUUUCUCUGGUGGGUUAUACACAGGAUCCUCUUUUUAGGUAGCCUCUGGUUUUGGUUGCGAAUUUUUCAAUUGAGAUACAUAUAUAGGUGGUGGUUUGGUAACUGAUCUACGUUUUGUGUUUCGUUUUUGGAGUGGAUGAACGUGGGGUUAUUUGGUAUUUAGUGAAUUUGCUUCAAGUGUUUAUGUAAAUGAAUUUGGCUGAUCUGAUGGUUUAAUGCUUGCAUGAAUCUUUAAAUGAGAUUCAGUUU